UACUGGGAGCUCAGGACGUUCCUGUCUACUACACCGGCUCUGAUAUGCCACGCUAGCCGCUGCUGUCUCCUCUCCUCCGGCCAGCUGUUAGACUCAUCACCCUCCUCCGGCUGUCUAACGGUCCCACACCAUGCUAACCUGUCGACGUAAUGUAGUUCAUUCAGCAGCAUCAGUCGCUGAUGACGAAAUGAUGCCAUCAUUGCCAGUAUGACAGCAUAGACUGAAACAGGGCCUGAUCAUGGGAGACAGGAAGUCAACAUGUGCCGAAAUUUGUCCAAAUAUACCCUUGUCUUCCUCAUUCUAGCCCUGUCUGGUCUCUACUUCCUGCUACGCAACAUCCACACUGUGGAGAACUGGAACUGCCACACGAUUUCAGCCCUUUACCAGCUCCAGAGCAGGAUCCAGUCAUCCUUCGUCCCAGUGAAUCUCCCUACUUUUCAUCACAACCGCACCUUCUGUGCCCAUCUGGGCCAGAAACCGUCCCCUGAAGAUGAACUGGAGGAGCGUUACCUGUUGGACUCUAUCGCCUGGCCCGGCCCUCCGCCUCGCUCUACACCAACUGCCCUGCGCCAGACGAGUGACCCCGUGCACAGCCUGUUCGCCAUCCUCCCCACUAAGGGAGCAAGGGAGUGGCAUGUGGGCGACCAGCUGGAGGCGCUCGUCCAAAUGCAUGACUUCCAGGGUCGUCCCAAGCGCUACGGCGGGGAUUUCAUUUUGGCCAGGCUGCACUCACCGGAGCUUGGAGCAGGUGUAGCAGGUAAAGUACUGGACCACAGGAAUGGAUUUUAUUCCGCUAUGUUCCCGCUCCUGUGGGUCGGUUCUGCACAGGUUGAGAUUACGUUGGUGCACUCAAGCGAGGCUGUUGCUGUGCUGCGACGGUUGAGGGAUGAAAGGCCCGAUCGAGUGUUUUUCAAGAGCCUGUUCCGCCUCGGCUUUCUGUCUGAAACUACUGUGUGCAACAUGUGUCUGCCCCCGGACCAUCAGCCUCUGUGCAACUACACAGACCUUUACACAGGGGAACCCUGGUACUGCUACAAGCCUAAGAUGCUCAGCUGUGACACCAGAAUCAACCAUGCCAAAGGAGGUUAUCUGAAACACCUUAUCACCAACAAAGAAGCAUUGCUUUUUCAGAGUGGUGUAAACAUUAAAGUUCGCAUACACGCUUCAGGACCCGACAGAAUCAACGUGUUGCCUCCCAGGAAAGAAAUAGAUGUAGAAAGCAGCAGUAUAAAACCAGAACCUCUUAAGCUAGCACCGUCUGGAUAUUACUACGAGGACUCAUGGCGGCCAUUAAGUGGCGUUGCAUUGCACCAGUUCAAUGAAUCAUCUGACAUCACUCAGUGUUUGAAGAACAAGGUGAUCAACAUGUAUGGAGACUCUACCGUCAGACAGUGGUUUGAGUACCUCAUUGCUUUAGUACCAGGAUUAAAGGAGUUUAAUCUGGACAGUCCUAAAAACGUUGGGCCUUUCAUGGCAGUGGACAGCACCCAUAAUAUUCUUUUGAAGUACCGCUGCCAUGGCCCGCCCAUCCGCUUCUCCACUGUCAUGUCCACUGAGUUGCGGUACAUUUCAAACGAGCUGGACGGCCUCUCUGGGGGUCCCAACACCGUCGUGGUCCUCAGCAUUUGGGCCCAUUUCAGCACCUUUCCUGUGGAGGUGUACAUACGGCGGCUCCGUCACAUUAGGCGGUCCCUGGUGAGACUUCUUGAACGAGCGCCGGGGACGAUCGUUGUGAUCCGCUCAGGCAACCUCCAAGCCCUGGACCAAGAGGUGAGCCUGUACAACAGCGACUGGUACUCCCUGCAGCUCGAUGAGGUGCUCAGGUCCAUGUUCAAGGGACUCAACGUUCUGCUGGUGGACGCCUGGCAAAUGAGUUUAGCACACCACCUUCCUCACGCCCUCCAUCCACCUCCAGUCAUCGUCAAGAACAUGAUAGACACACUUUUGUCUUACGUUUGCCCAGAGAAGAAAAAAAGCCAACUGAUAUAGAAGAAGAGCAACAAUAGUGGAUCUUGUUGUUGAAGGAAACAGUUGAAGGAGUUUAUAGUGUGAAUCCAUCGACCAGUUCUUCAACCAAGUGUUCCCCAAAGCUACAUACCCUUUAAAACUGUCUUUACGGAGAGAUUUGCCAGUCUUCUAGUACUGAUCUAUGUUUACUUGCCCGUUAUAUAUUUUUUUUGAAUCCCUAAAAACAUUUUUUUUUCUUUUGAAAAUGCCAAAGACUUUGGCGCAGUGAUUGUUACUUCCCUUCUGCUUUUCUUACCAAAGUGUUGUGUGUGUCUGCAGUAUUUUUACCUUAGCUUAGUUGGCAUUCUUUCAAGGUCACAUUUUGGACUUUAUAUGUACCGUAUGCAUUUGUGUGUUAAUUUUGCCAAAGCUGAAGACUCAGUGAGUUCUUGUUUCUAAGAUUACUUAAAGCAUUAUUUAAAAGACAAAACCUGCGACUCUUUUGUCAACCAUAGUUUAACUUAUUGAGGAACAUCUUUUCAGCUUUGAUAUCCUCAUACAUCACGUUAAGAUCCCACUUUGUUUCAGUUGAAAUUUUCCUGAUGACUUCUUUAUCUGACAGGUCAGCCUUCAGACACUCAGAACUUUCACACUGCUUUGAUAAAUGUUCUAAACAUCACUUCAGAUGCUCGCAGUUGUGUCUGUUCAUUUGAGGCUAGACCGUUGCAGACAUUUCUAAUAUCAGCUCUUUUGUAUGAAUAGCUAACUUGCUAUUGCAGUGAUUACCUUUCUAUGUUCAAUUUUGUUCUAGAUGUUUUAUACGGACACAUUAACAUGAUUAAUGUAUGCUGCCACAUGUUCAUCAUAGGAAGAUGGUAAAUAUUGGAGAAGAGAGUUAUAUCAGGUCUGUGUGACACAAAGAGAAAAUGUGCCUAUUUUCUGUCUUAUCCUGUUUGUUGCAGCCUUCUAGAUCAUAUUGCACAAGAGCUGCUGCAGACAUUACUUUUUGUGUAAUCAUGUCAUGUGAUGGUGUCACAUUGCUGAGUCAGCCCUGUGUAGCAAAUCAUGUCAAAAUAUUUUGUUUAGAAAAUCACAACAUCUGUUCACAGCUGUGGUAGACCAGCUUGUAUCGGUGAUGAUGAAUAUUUGCAGUUUAUUUGUGUGCUUUCUCUGUUAAAGUGCAGAAAAAGAAAUUUAGGAUUUUUAUAUCUUAAAAAGUUUGGGAUCAAUGAAAAUGUAAGGAAUAGAAUGAUAGGACAUUAUUUCAUAUUUGCUGCACAGUUGACAUAGCUGUAAAUCCCGAAAUAUCCCUUAUUGUGAUAUUCAUCUUUAACAGAAUAAAUUUAAUAAAUCUAAAUGUGCAGUAAGGGGUCUGUACCACUCACUACCUUUAUUACUGUAUAUCAAUGGCAGUUGUUACUCUGUGGCCUACCUCCUGAAUAAUGUUACAGCUCGUCAAAAUGCCAUUAAAUGAUUAACAAAUGAAACAAAAACAUUGCAAUAAAUUAUUGGAUGUUACAUUAAUCCAGUGUCAUAAACAGAGCAAUGUUUCUCUUUAGAAAUUACUUAAAUUAUAACCAUCAGCUGAAAAUGUAUUUCAUAUUUUCUUAAAUACAAUAAUUAGUGGCUGCAGAAGUGUAGCUCUUUACAUACAGUAUUGGGCCAAAAAUAUGUGGACACGCAGAUUAUAUGGUUAUUUAGUUUUUCAUUCCAAAGCCAUGGGUAUUAAAAAGUAAGAUUAACUAAUAUAAGGGUUUUCUGAGUGGGAAUAUUUUGUACUGACAUUACUGUCGCAGAAAAAGGAAAAAUAUGUGACUUGACAUUGAUUUGGAGUGAUGUAAAUCCAAGAGUUUAGAAGCAAGAAGAGGAAACAUUUUAUAACAGUCAAUUAUGUCAAAGAGAUCCCAAAAAAUGCCGUAAACUACUCAUUUUUGUUGACAAUUUUAUUUAAAAAGUUUCAUGUUCCCAUUAAAAACUUCAAGCAUA